AUGCUAGGUGCAAGUUCUUUUAUGCUGGGUCUUCGACCCACUAUGAAAAUGUUUCUCCGUAGCAACAUUUCUCUGGCACCAUCAAGGACUUUCGUUUCAUAUAUUGGGAGGCCACAGGGCGUAAUUAAAUUGAUAAAUGCUCCAAAUCUGAUAAACAAAAGUAUAGCUCUCCAGCAAACUAUACCGAAAAGAUUCUUUUCGCAAGCAUCGAUUUUAAAAUCAAGGUGGAAACCGAUUUUCAAUGAAGAGACAACCAAUCGAUAUACGCGUUUGAACAGGUUUCAACAGUAUCAGCAACAGAGAAGUAGCGGCAAUUCACUAGGUUCCAUGACCUUUUUAGGUCUUUCAUUGAUGGCGGGAGUCUAUUUUGUUUCUCCUUAUUUGUUCGAACACGUUCCGCCGUUUACGUACUUUAAAACACAUCCAAAAAAUCUGGUAUACGCAUUAUUAGGAAUUAAUGUUGCUGUUUUUGGGUUAUGGCAACUACCAAAAUGCUGGAAAUUCUUGCAGAAGUAUAUGUUACUGCAAAAGGAUCAUAUAACUAGCAAAUUUUCCAUAAUCGGAAGUGCGUUUUCACAUCAGGAGUUUUGGCAUUUGGGUAUGAAUAUGCUAGCAUUGUGGUCCUUUGGGGUUUCUCUCUCAACGAUGUUGGGCGCGUCCAAUUUUUUUUCCUUGUAUAUUAAUAGUGCUAUUGCAGGGUCCAUGUUUUCGUUAUGGUACCCAAAACUUGCGCGCUUGGCUAUUGUUGGUCCUAGCCUGGGCGCUAGUGGUGCCCUUUUUGGGGUUUUGGGAUGCUUUUCGUAUUUGUUUCCUCAUGCCAAAAUAUUGCUAUUUGUCUUUCCUGUUCCAGGCGGUGCCUGGGUAGCAUUCUUGGCUUCAGUGGCAUGGAAUGCGGCUGGUUGUGCCUUGAGGUGGGGAUCGUUUGAUUAUGCUGCGCAUCUAGGUGGCUCCCUGAUGGGAGUCUUCUAUGGAUGGUAUAUUAGUAAAGCUGUAGAGAAGCAACGGCAGCGUCGUCUACAGAGCGCUGGUAAAUGGUUCUAA